AUGUCUCUUUUUAGGAAUCUCCACGGGAUACUUGCUUCCUCAGGCACCAUAGGAGCAUUGAUUGCUUGGCUGAUCAGCUAUAAGCCAGCCUUGUUUGGGUUCCUAUUCCUUCUGCUGUUGCUUAGCAACUGGCUGGUCAAGUAUGAACUCAAGCGCACCCCCUCAGAGCCCCAGCAGGACAAGAUCCUUGAACGACUCUUGUUCAGUGAAAUGAAGCUGAAGGUCUUAGAAAAUCAGAUGUUCAUCGUGUGGAAUGGAAUGAAUCACCACAAGCGGCCCAGCCGACGUCGCACUUUUCUGGCCGGGAAACACAGACUGAGGAGGCGUGAGUCCAUUCUCUCCAUCCUGUCUGACUGCACUUCCAAUUCCCCCUAACGCGGUCAGAGACGGUGGUGGGCUGGCCUCUUCUGAUGUUACCUUUUCUCAGUAAAGCCCAGUCAGAGACUGUUGGAU